GCCAGCGGAACUGGAAAUCAUGCCCGCAAUUAACGUCGGUGUGAUGUUGAAGAGAACCAGCUUGUAACCGGUGGGCGAACGCAAUGUGCUCGUGCUGCUCGCGCGUGCUUCAGAAUCAGUGAGGCGAUCGUCAUGAUGCUGGAGAGGAGCAGGGUGACGGUGGUGGCGGAUAUCUUCUUUAGCAAGAGGCACACAUCUGCGGAGGAGGAGAUCGUUCACUGUCGCUGCUCCAGAGCCUUCGUACAGGAUCGGGAGCUCUAUCGCUCUGAUAAUAGAUUGCUUUCAUUUGGCCCAUUAUGCACUGCAGUCCAAGAUACAGAUGAUGAAGAUGAAGAGGAGGAGGAGGAGGAGGAAGAAGAGGAGGAGGAGGUGUUAGAUGAAGAAGCUCAACUGAUGGCCAGCCUGGGUCUGCCUCUAUCCUUUGUCAGUUCCUCUGAGCAGAAGGGAGUGGGGAGGAGGUCAAACAGGAGGUCAGCCACAUACUGGGCAGAACCAGCUGAAGAGGAGGAUGACCAAAAAGAUCUACAACCUGACAACAAAAUUGAUGUUGAAGUGUGUGAUCCACUGGAGGAAGGAACGGGAGGGAUCCAAGAUGUUGGCUGGGAAACCUACUGGGCUCAACAGGGUGAGGCUCUGCUGUGGAGCAGCUGGCUAGAGAAAUAUCCAGGAACAGUGACUGCUCCCUGGGACGACCCAGACGCAAAAGCCGCUUGGGACAAACAUGCUGCAGGGACCUACUACUCCUACUGGGAACAGUACUCAUACUGGGUGGCACAGGGCUGGACCACUGACCAGUCCACCUGUAAUGGGAGCACUGGUGGAGCAGCAGCAGCAGCAGGGGUGAUGGACAGAGGCACAGAGACAUGCUCAGAGGAAGGGAUGGAUGGACAGACCACAGCUGGGAAACAACAGAAAGAAGAAGUGGACGCUCUUAAUGAUGAUGUCGAGGUUUUGAACGAGCUGCUUAGACAGAAGUGCACACUGGAGGCUGGUGGGAGCUCUGUGACUGACAGACUGUGUGUGAGUGGGGCUGAUGUCAGAGAGCUCUGUGGCUCCGAUGAUCCUUCUGAUGGUGGGAACGAUCGCAAGAGACCUGCUGCCUCCUCACAGCAAAACACAGCUGAACAUACAGAUUCCCAGCAGGCUGCUGGUGGCCUUGACAGACAGUAUGGCUCAAGGAAUAAGAUGUCAAAUAGAGAUGAUGAGGAGGAUGAUGAUGACGACAAACCCCCAGAAGGAGGACAUGCUAAAGUCAAACGCAGUCACGAGCUGGAUGUGGAGGAGAGCCCAAAUCUGACCCCUGAGGAAGCUUGGCGUAAACUGGGACUCAAACGCAACCCAGAGCCUCUGUUCGACAGUGUGUUGAGCUUCAAAGGUGGGGCUUGUCAGAAGCGUCAGUGGCUGAGUAAGAGGGCAGUCUGCAGCAUCAGCAAACACACCAGGUUCCCAGAGACGGGUGGAGACGACACACAGCCACAGAUCAACCCCUCCCUCUACAAGGUCCAGAAGUUCCUUAAAAAGCACCAGAGUGAGACACAGGUGAGUCGAUGUGACCGGUGUGAGAUGGAAGGAGGAAGCAAGCACGAACCUGAGACCAAGCCUCCAUUUUUGGGAGUAAAGGAGAAGAGGAGGAAUAUGAAGAGUGCUAAGGAAGGAAGUACAGAUGUUGUUCAAGAAGAGAGUUCUAAUUCUCUGUGCAGUUUAGACGCAGAGAGGAGGAAGUGUACUCAGCCUAGUGCCUCCUUCAGCUCUCCUGCUGGGACUGGGGAUAGUGAGAGGGAGGAGAAAGAGGAGGAGGAGGAGAAGGAGGAGAAGGAGCAGCCCGGUAGACAGUUCAAAUUUCUAGAAAUACCUGACUUCCCCCCGUCUGACGCACCUGAAGGCAACAGUGAGUUGAGAAUGAAAGAUGGACAGAAGCCAAAGAAGAAGAAAAAGAAGAAUAAGAAGCGAGGGAGGAAGCAGCAGGUCCCAGCAGAGAUGGCAGCUAAACCGGAGCUGGCUAAAUACUGGGCUCAACGUUACAGACUCUUCUCUCGCUUUGAUGAAGGGAUCAGGCUAGACCAAGAGGGCUGGUUCUCCGUGACACCAGAGAGAAUCGCUGAGCACAUCGCCCUCAGGGUGCAGCACAGCUUCUCUGACGCUCAGCUGGUCAUAGAUGCCUUCUGUGGCGUGGGAGGAAACGCUAUCCAGUUCGCCCUCACUGGAAAGAGAGUUCUGGCCAUUGAUAUCGACCCAGUGCGGUUGGACUUGGCACGGCACAAUGCCACGGUUUAUGGUGUCGCCAACCAGAUCGACUUCCUACAGGGGGACUUCCUUCAGCUAGCACCCCUUCUCCGUGGCGAUGUGGUCUUCCUGUCACCACCGUGGGGAGGGCCAGACUACCUAACCUCUGAGGUGUUUGACAUCAAGACCAUGAUGGAGCCUGAUGGAUAUCCUUUGAUGUUGUUUUUAAAAUACAUAUCUGGUGCUAACCGGAGUGUAACUGUCAAUGGAAGUGAUAUUUCUUGUGAGCAGGAGCAGCCCCUCCUGCAGUGAAACUAUGCAGCGGGUUGCUCCCACUAACACACACCCUGUGCUCAGAGGAACGAGGCGUAGAGAUGUGACCACACUCAAGCAAGUGCAACAAAAAUGGCUCAGAGGUAGAGCGGGUCAUCCUCUAAUCGGAAGGUUGUUGGUUCGAUGCCCGGCUCGUGCCGCCACAUGUCAAAUAUCCUUGAGCAAGAUACUGAACCCCGAAUUGCUCCCGAUGCUGUACAUCGGUGUGUGAAUGUGUAUGAAUGAGUUAGUUUCUGUUUGAUGGACUUUGCCAUCACUGAGUGACUGUGUGUGAAAGGGUGAAUGUGGCACGUAGUGUAAAAGCGCUUUGAGUGGUUGGAAGACUAGAAAGGCUCUAUACAGGUACAGGUACAGGUACAGGUCCAUUUACCAUUUACCACAUACAAAAAGCCAAAAAGAGUAGCUCAACAGAAUACAGACCGGUCAUUUAGUAACUCAGGUAAAAGCUGCUCCGAAGCACCAAACUAGAGAGAGAAACUCCCUCCAGACAGCGACAUGUUCAAAAAGAUAACAGAGGGUCUGUUAUUUUAUACUUUUGUUUUGUUUUGUACAUAAUAAACAAAAAACUAUUAAAUUGUAAGCACUGGAUUAAUUUUAAUAACUUUAAUGUACUUAAAGUGUGUGCACUGUGCACUGUAUUAUCUAAAAUCUUAUCGGGACUCCGUAUCAGCUCCGUACUCAAUAUUAAAUGAUUCAGAUCGGAUUAGAGGCUAAAAAAACUUGAUUCCUACAGCAGACCCCUUUUUAUUUUUGACACUCCAUGAGCAAAUGUCACAGAAAUAUACACAUCUAAUUCGACUGUCCCUUCAAUCUGAAGUGCAGCCUAAAAUAGAAUGGUUUUUGAAAAGUGGACUGUACUUAUAUCUAAUGUUGG